CGUUACGUCAGCCGUUGCAUCGCGUCGCACCGUGCCGCGCGCGUCUUCUGCCGCGCUCGGUUCACCGCGGGGUAAUCGCGCGAGGAGGUCAUCAAACUGGUGGGGUCUGGCCAUCUUGGAUGAGACAUGUCGCUUUGGAGCAAACGUCAACGGCACAGUGUUUACCGUACGAUAGACGCUCGUGCCGGUUCCCUCUAAUAACGACACCGUCUGUGACGGAUACGGUCGUGGUUGCACGCGGUGGUGUAUCCUCCCCGGAACACGCGGACGUACUUCCAAGCGGUGCCGUCUCAUCGUGGUCUCGUCUGCCCCGCACGAUGAAUCGCGGUGACGGGCUGGUGCAGCGACGACGCGUGGCGAACAGCGGUGGCAGCGGCGCCGGCGGUGGCAGCGGCCAGGAUGGUUCGAACAUGGACCUCGUUGGGAACAACGACAAACAGUCUGGACAAAACUCAGACGCGAUCUUGGGGCCAAAGGAUCUCAACUGCAAUCCCACCACCGACGAUGAUUCGGACAAGGAGACGCGUCUCACUCUCAUGGAGGAAGUCCUGCUGCUGGGUCUCAAGGAUAAAGAGGGAUACACGUCCUUUUGGAACGAUUGCAUAAGCUCCGGAUUAAGGGGAUGUAUCUUAGCGGAGCUCGCCUUUCGGGGUAGGGUAGAAUUGGAAAAAGCUGGUAUGCGUAAGAAGAGUUUGUUAGCUAGGAAGCUCCUUUUGAAAAGUGAUGCGCCUACGGGAGAUGUACUGUUGGACGAAGCUUUGAAACACUUAAAGGAUACAGAUCCACCUGAAACUGUCCAGAGUUGGAUAGAAUAUCUCAGUGGAGAAACAUGGAAUCCUUUAAAAUUAAGGUAUCAAUUGAAAAAUGUCAGAGAACGGCUAGCAAAAAAUCUUGUUGAAAAGGGUGUUUUAACUACAGAGAAACAAAAUUUCUUACUGUUUGAUAUGACAACUCAUCCUCUUACUGACAACCUUGCUAAGAGUCGUCUCGUAAAAAAGAUCCAAGAAGCUGUAUUAGGUCGUUGGGUAAAUGAUGCCGCUCGCAUGGAUAAACGAACAUUGGCAUUAGUUAUUUUAGCUCACGCAGCUGACGUAUUAGAGAAUGCAUUUGCGCCAUUGUCAGAUGACGAUUAUGAAGUAGCGAUGCGAAGAGUACGGACAUUGUUAGAUCUUGAUUUUGAGGCGGAAUCUACUAAACGUAACGCGAACCCAGUACUUUGGGCUGUAUUUGCUGCAUUCACCAAGUAACAGUUACUAACUCUUAAAUUUCGUGGACGCGGAAUAGUUUUCUACUAUUAAAUUCUAUUAUUAUGUAUUAUACA